AUGGCCACCUCAACUGAGAUGAAGAAAGUCUCGUUUUCAAUUUCCAAGCAAGUUGUUGAGUUCGAUAAAAACACAGCUCCAUACAACAUAUCCAGUACUUGCGUACGCACCACAAAGACACUGAACAUUUCAACACCCAGAAAACGUAAGAAAAAGCGCAAACGCAAACCCAUUCUCUUCAAGAUCCUUGGAAUAUUGGUCUACAGAAAAAAUGUGAUACCAAGCCGCCAUCAAUUAUGGACAUCUCGCACCAUCAGACUCAAACUCGAAGUCAUAGAAAGAUGCCAGCAUAAUUUGACUGAAAUCACGACAGAGAUUCAAGCAAUUCUCAGUACCCACGAAGCACUAGCACCAGAUCGGAGAAAUAAGAUUUGGGAAGAUCAACGUCUCGAAUAUCGUCAUCUGCUGGCUGAAAUGCGCGCAGAGGCUUCGGGGUGGGCUACGUGUGCGCGUCGAAAGCGGAGUGAUUCGAUAGAUGUGGUUGAUUAUCUGGUUUAUGUGUUGAGGAGUUUUCCAUUCUCGUGGUUUGUGGAUGUGUUUGAUCCGAAGGUUCAGAGUGGAGCAAAUGUCAAUGCGGAUGAUACUGCAGAUGGGAGAUCCGAAGAAUGUCUUCCUCUGCCAGCAGCGUUCUCCAAAAUUCGCGCUACACAUAUUGAGUGA